AUGUCAUUGGAUCACCUUAUCAAAGGCUAUGAUUCUAUGAUUGAAAAAGAGGAAUUGAUUCCAAAGCAGGAAAUUUCUGAAGAAUUGGAAUCCCAGAGAGCAAAAUCAGAAGAUCACGUAAGGAAUAUAUUUAAGGAAACUGAAGAGAUGAGCAAAACUGAGGGAAAGUUAGAGAAUCGCUGGAGAAAAUAUGCAGUAGAAGGAGUUAAGAAAUCCUUCUCCCAGAAGAACAAUUUCAGAGCAAUUACUAUGAGAUGUGUGAAAACCCUCUCUAGAGAGAAUGGCCACAAAUUAAAUGCUGUUGGAGAAAACUGCAUUACAGACUCAAAUCUUGACAAACAUGUUAGAGUGUGUAGAGAGAAGAGUCUUGAUCCAAGUGUGUCAAAUGUAGAAAACUUGAAACAACAUGAGGACCUCACUAACCUCCAGAGUUUCCAAUUAGGAGAAAGAGCCUGUCAGACAGAUGUGUUAGUGAAAGUACCCACACAGAUUUCAGUUCUUAGUGAGAAUCAGAGGAUGAACAAUCCAGACAGACCAUUUGAGUGUACUGGGCAUGGAAAAACUUUCAAUCAGAACACAGCUUUUAACCAGCACCAGAGAAUUCAUAGUGGAGAGAAGCCCUAUGAGUGCAAUGAAUGUGAAAAAGCUUUUAGUCGGCCUUCUAUCCUCAGUAAACAUCAGAGAAUCCACAAUGGUAAGAAACCCUACACAUGUGAGGAUUGUGGCAAAUCUUUCAGUGCUCACUCUUACUUUAUUCAGCACUGUAAAAUUCACACUGGACAAAAACCCUAUGAGUGUAUUAAAUGUGGGAAAGCUUUUAGUACACAUUCAUCUUAUAUUCAACAUCUAAAAAUUCAUACAGGAGAGAAACCUCAUGAGUGUAAUCAGUGUGGAAAAGCCUUUAGUCGUAGCUCUAAUCUAAUUCAUCAUCAGAGAAUUCAUAGUGGAGAGAAACCUUACAAGUGCAGAGAAUGCGGGAAAGUCUUCAACAGACAAUCACACCUUAUUCAGCAUCAGAGAAUUCAUUCUGGAGAGAAACCUUAUGACUGUGAGGAGUGUGGCAAAGCCUUCAGUACACGAUUAUCUCUCAUUCGGCAUCAGAGAAUCCAUACAGGAGAAAAGCCCUAUGAAUGUAAUGAGUGUGGAAAAUCCUUUAGCCUGAACCGAACUCUUACUGUCCAUCAGAGAAUUCACACUGGAGAGAAACCUUAUAGUUGUAAUGAAUGUGGGAAAUCCUUUAGUCAACGCUCACAAGUUAUUCAACAUAAGAGAAUUCACACUGCAGAGAAACCUUAUAUCUGCAAUGACUGUGGAAAAUCAUUUGGUGCUCGUCUACCCCUUAUCCAGCAUCAGAUAGUUCACACUGGAGAGAAACCUUAUGGUUGUAGUGUGUGUGGGAAAACCUUUAGUCAAAAGGGACAUCUUACUCAGCAUCAGCGAAUUCACACAGGAGAGAAACCCUAUGAAUGUAGUGAGUGUGAAAAAGCUUUCAGCCAGAGUUUUAAUCUUAUUCACCAUCAAAGAACACACAAUGGCGAGAAGCCCUAUGAAUGUAAUGGAUGUGAUAAAGCCUUCAGUGUGCUUUCUUCCCUUGUUCAGCAUCAGAGAAUACAUAAUGGAAAGAAACCCUAUGAAUGUCACAAAUGUGGGAAGGCCUUUAGCCAGGGGUCACACCUUAUUCAACAUCAGAGGAGUCAUACUGGUGAGAAACCCUAUGAGUGUAAUGAGUGUGGGAAAACCUUUGCACAGAUAUCCACCCUAAUUAAUCAUAAGAGAACACACAAUGGAGAGAAGCCCUAUGAGUGCAGUGACUGUGGGAAGGCCUUCAGCCAGAGUGCACACCUUAUCCGCCAUCGAAGAAUUCACACUGGAGAGAAUCCCUAUGAGUGCAGUGACUGUGGGAAGGCCUUCAAUAUUCGCUCCUCUCUCAUUCAGCAUCACAGAAUUCAUACUGGAAACACGUGGACCCCAACAUCUGGUGCAGCGAGCAGGAUCCACGAGAGCAAGGAACCGGAGGGGGAACACCCAGGGCAGCCUACUCAAAGAUAUCAAUGGAACGUUCUUCCUCAAGGUGCUGGAGGCGAGUGGUUUCCAUCUCGACAGCUGAAGCAGUGCCAUGGCGAAGAGGAGCCGAUCCGAAGAGUUCCUCAAGGAAUUUCAGGAGCUGAAUCUGAUCACUCAGAGAACAUUCACCUUCAGGACUCGACGUGCGGAGACCCCGACAUGGAGUCAACUGAAAAAGCUUACUCAAGAAGCUGAAGGGGUUGUUCAACAAGCUGGGCAGCCCAGAACCACACUGACUUUAUUCCUGGCUAUGCUGGCCGUAGUAAAUUAUCAGGUAAUGGCUGGAGAAUUUACAUACUGAGCUUAUAUUCCUUUUCCACCCUUAUAUCAGUGUGUGGCCUGGAGAGACAGAGAAGUCCCAGUAUUUACUAAUGAUACUGCUUGGAUGCCAUUGCCUUUUUUAAACCAGGAUCCUGAAUUAGACACUGGCACAGUAAAUAGUUCAUAUCAAUUUGGGGUUGAAGGGUUACCUAUAUGUCUUGGGAGUAGUCCACAUUGUCUGCAUCUUUCUCAUGAGGCUUGGGCUGUUCGCUAUAACCAUAGUCAUAUCUCUGCCUUUACUAUGAUUAUUGUGGCUCAAAGUUUUAAGUAUAAUCAUACUGCAGUACUUAAUGAAACUCUGCCAAGUACAUUAUCUUUAUGCCCUAUCCCUGAUGUGUCCGGAGGUGUUUCCCAACUAGAGUGGACUAGAUGUAGAGUGGACUAGAUGUAGAGGUAGUGGGCCACGAUUGUUGUUAGAAGUAAAAGGGAAGAGUCAUAAAUACCUUGUUACAGAUUGGAGUGUACAUGGAGAUUUUCAGACUAAAUUCAGCCAUGUCAACCUGCAUUGGCAUAAAGGUCAUCACAGCAUUUCUGCGGAUGGCAAUGAAACUAUUAUUUGGCAUGAUGAUGGUCUAUCACCCCCUAUGCCACAUUUGGCUAAUACCUCACAAAUACAAAGUCAUAUUUGGAAGUUGCUAGCUGCUGGUAAACCAAUGUUCACUUUCACGGUAAACAUGUCCUUAAAUCUUACUAAUAUUGCUAACACUUUCCAUAUAUCUUUGCAUUGAAACAGUUCUAGAUAUGUUAUUGCAUGUGUAAGAAAGCCUUACUUGUUGUUGGCAGGAAUUUUUAAAUGGGAUAAUAAUACAGGGGUAGUUAGCUGUGCAAACAGUUGUACAUUCUUAAGUUGUAUAAAUACUACUUGGUGGAAUAAUAAUUGGAAUGAGUCUCAUUCUGAUUUAUAUAUAUACUAAGAGCCAGAAAAGAAACCUGGCUACCCAUGAACUUAACACGUGCCUGGAGUGAAUCUGCUGGGGUUACUCAGAUUCACAAAAGUAAUGCAAGAUCUUGUCCACCGCAGUCGGAGAAUUGUUGGGGUCGUCAUAGCAGCAGUGGUGGGACUUGUAGCCAUUGCUUCCACCGCCGCUGUUGCUGGAUUAGCUCUAAACCAGAGUAUACAAAAUGCAGAAUUUGUGCAACAAUGGCAUGAACAAUCACAUUUGUUGUGGCAGCAGCAACGAGACAUAGAUGUUCAUUUGACUGAAUGAGUGGAUAAUCUGGAGCAAGUGGUUUCUUGGUUGGGAGAUCAGCUAACAGUGUUGAAUACCCGAGCUUUGUUGAAAUGUGAUUGGAAUACUACCCAAUUUUGUAUUACUCCUGUUCCUUUUAACAGCACUGUAAAUAAUUGGACUGAGAUAAAGAGACUUUUAAUUGGUCAUAAUAAUCUUUCCCUAGAAAUACAAGAAUUAACACAGAACAUUUCUGAAACAUUUUGCAAUCAGUUACCGUUUCUGACUGGUGCAGAUUUGAUGACUGGUAUUGCACAAAGUUUGACAUCUUUGAACCCUAUGAACCCUGUAAAAACUUUGCUGACCUCUGUUUCUAGUAAUAUAUUGAUUGUUGUUCUUGCCUUUGUCAUUUUCACAGUCUGCUGGAGACGGUGCCAAAGGGCAAACACCGAAUCCCAGCAAGCCCAACAUGUAAUGAUGGUUUUGAAAGAAAUUCAAACUUGUAAAUUAAAAAAGGGGAAAUGUAGAGGACUACAUGCUCACAAAUGAGACGUUCCCGAUAAGUCCUGCUCUUGCAAACGAAGCAGGGCAUUCCUUCCCUGCAAACAGGGAGGACAAAGGAGCCAGCUGCAAACAGCAGACCCUGGGGGCUGGUUUAUGUGUAAACAUCUUGAAAAUCCAGAAAGUCAGGGAAGGUCAGAAAAACAACAAUGUGUCUUGUGACUUGGCAACAUUCCACAAAUGACUGUAUAAAAUAAAGCAGAGCGUGUCGUUCCGGGUAGCCGCCAUGUUUGUCUCAU